UUCCCCGUUGUCAUGGAAACCAAGGCCGGCGGCCCAUUCAUGCGUUAACUUUUCAAGAAAUUGAAAAUGUAAUAUCAUUUUUAAAGAAUGUUGCAAUUGAUGAAGGACUUCCCAUGCCUGCAGCACCCAGAGGGAGAGCCAAUGACGCACCAGUUUUCCUCCACAGCUCCACCACAAAGAUGAAAAUGCAUAAAUUAUAUGAAAAAUCGUGCAAUGAAGCAGCCACAAAAUGUAUUAAAUAUAGGACGUUCUGCAGAUUGUGGCAUGAGCUUUGUCCAAACAUCAAGAUCGCCACUCCCCAAGAGGACGUGUGUGUCACGUGCGAGAUGUCACGGAAAGGAGUCGCUGAUGCCACGACAGACGACGAGAAGCUAGCUGCUGCAUCAGCUCUCGAGAAACACAUCAAUGCGACCAGAAAAGAGCACAAGGUGUACAAAGACUGCGUUACUACUGCUAUGGACGAAUUGAGAGGCACGGGUCGUCCUACAGAGCCAGUCGAGCCAUGCUCAACUGACUUUCAGCAUGCACAUUACACGUUCGACUUUGCUCAGAAUUUGUGCCUGCCACAUCACAGUCGCCAGAUGGGACCUAUGUACUUUGUCACUCCUAGAAAAGUUCAUUUAUUCGGGUUUCGGGACGACGCCCUUCCGAUUCAGUAUAAUUUUCUAAUCGACGAAGCCGAGACUAUGAUGCAGGAUGGAGGUGGCAUUCACGGGCCAGAUGCUGUAAUUUCGCUCGUGGAUUACGCUCUGACAGAGUUUGGGCACGGGGAGCGAGUGACUACUCUUCAUGCGGACAAUUGUGGCGGACAAAACAAAAACCGCUACCUGCUAGCGUACUUCUGCUGGAGGACCAUGAUCGGCCUUAACGAGGAGAUACGCUAUUUGAUGCAGGUAGCAGGUCAUGCCAGGUGCAUAAUAGACGCUGUGUUCGGGCGAAUCAAGGCGCUUUACAGGCGAACGGACUGUGAAACCUUGAGCGACCUAGAAAACGUUGUUGCAUCUUCUUCAACUACAAAUGAGGCUGUCCUUUACAAGAAACCUGACGGGACCUCGAGGUUUGAAUGGCGGGAAUGGAAGACAUUUCUUGGGGAACAGUUUCGUGCACUAAAAGGAAUACGGUCAUAUCAGCAGUUCCGAUUCACCUCUGAGUCGCCUGGCAUCAUUUUUUUGAAGAAAGGAGAAGACAACGAGGAGACGAGCUACUGUGUGUUCCGUGGUGGAAAUGUAUUGUCAAGUAGACCGCAGGAAGUCCAAGCUGCUGGUUUAAGCCGCGAGCGCCAGGCAUACUUGGCAACUCACGUGCGAAAAUACUUGCGGGCGAAGAACAAGGACACAACAUGUCCGCUUUCUGAGGAAUAG